AUGACGCACCGCGACAACUGUGGGUCCCGAUUGCUGCAGCCGCUUGUCAGUGUGACGAAGAUUGGCACUCAGGUUGGCCACCUGUCCCCGUUCUCUAUAAUGCCCCAGUGUUUGCAGCAUCUGCAGUGAAAGUGAUGGCAGCCCAGUCGGUUUCCAUAGACAAGUAUCCAAAGGGAGAGCAGCAGAUUCAAGGUGUGGUAAAGGUAGACAGUGAUUCGGAGCAGAAAUUUAUUGAAGGCACGUUGGCAGAGGCGCCCAGCCCGGCACCAACAGAGCCACAGACACCCAUGGAUGCGGACAAAGCCUCCAUAUAUCGGCAUCCCUUGUUCCCUCUGUUGGCCCUGCUGUUUGAGAAGUGUGAACAGUCCACACUGAGCUCUGAAUGCAUUACCUCAGCAAGCUUUGAUGUGGACAUUGAGAACUUUGUCCGCAAUCAGGAGAAAGAGGGCAAACCGUUCUUCAGUGAGGACCCUGAACUCGACAACUUGAUGGUGAAAGCCAUCCAGGUACUGCGGAUCCACCUGUUGGAGCUGGAGAAGGUGAGUGACCUGUGCAAGGACUUCUGUAGCCGCUAUAUCGCUUGCCUCAAGACUAAGAUGAACAGUGAGACCCUGCUGAGUGGGGAGCCAGGCAGCCCAUAUUCCCCUAUACAAGGCCAGGCCCAGAGCUUCUCACCCACCAAGACUCAGAACCCCAGUUCUAUCUCUGGGACCAUCAGUCCCCAGGGUCAAAUUGUGGUGCCAGCAUCAGCCCUGCAGCAAGGGAACGUAACCGUGACAGCUGUCAACCCCACCCAGGUGGUCGCAGGUAUGUCAUCAUGGCAUACAACCCCUCCCUCAGGUGGCACAGUGUACCAGCCUGUUACAGUUGUCACUCCUCAGGGCCAGGUGGUAACACAGGCUCUUUCUCCUGGGACAAUACGCGUCCAAAACAAUCAGCUCCAGCUGCAGUUUCACCAAGACUUGAAUCUCUUUAAUCAUGACGACAGCUCAACCAAGAACAAGCGUGGCGUUCUACCUAAACAAGCCACCAACGUCAUGCGUUCAUGGCUCUUCCAGCACAUCGGGCACCCAUAUCCAACAGAGGAUGAAAAGAAACAAAUUGCUACUCAGACAAACCUGACACUUCUGCAAGUCAACAACUGGUUUAUAAAUGCACGGAGGCGGAUCCUGCAGCCCAUGUUGGACGCCAGCUCCUCUGAGCCACCCAAAGCCAAGAAGAAAACACCUCAAAACCGGCCACUGCAGCGCUUCUGGCCUGACUCCAUUGCCACUGGGGGAGGCACCCAGCAGCACGUCACCAUGCCAGACGGUACGAUGGUGACAAUGAACGUGGAGGGUCUGCAGAGCCUGACGUCAGACGGUGCCACGCUGGCGGUACAGCAGGUGAUGUUGGGAGGCCACAGCGAAGACGAGUCGGGGGAUAGCGGAGAUGAGGACGAUGACACAGACAUGGCCGGGCUGGGCCUGGACAACAGCGACUCAUUGCAGUAGAGGGGACGCUCCCUCACACACUGAUCUACACAUACACACAUGACAUGCAUAAAUAGGUCUACAGAAUACAUGUGCAUUCUCAAACACAUAAUGAGUCAUAGCACAAACAUGCACAUUAGGUUUACAUAGAGCACAAAACAGGACAUAACAGAAGUGGUCCUGCACUCUUCCAACCCUCCACCCUGAAUGGCAGUUUAUGCUGUGUGUGUGUUCAUCAGGAGUUUCAUUUCAGAAACCGUUUUUUAAUUAUUUAGUUGAUGUAGGCGAGUGCACUUUUUUGUAUAUUUAAGCUCAAAAAGAUUAAAUCAAACAAACAGAAGAAAAAAAGAAGUGUUAAAAACACCCAAAGCAAGUUUGUAUGUUCCAUUAAUAAAUGUUGACUGAUUUAUGAUUUUU